AUGUCUGCUCACAACGAUCAUGCAAUUGUUUUUCCUAAAAGAAAUGUUAUCGGAUCACACAAUUUUGUUUACCGCAUGAAAGAAAUUCUGUACUACGAAGGUGUACGAUUCUGUACCCGUAAGGCUGCCAGGGGGGCUCCUGCAGGUGUGACCAGACCUGCGGCUGCACCAAGUGCUCCUGCUGUGCCGGCUCCAAGUGAAGCAGUCUGCCCUUCAACCCCUAACAAAGCCGAGUUCUACCCUAACCGCAAUGGUGGCCCACAAAACUCCAGAAAAUGUUCACAGUCAAGAUGGUUGAAGAUGAUUCGCUGAUUCAAUGGAUGGGCUAAUGUUUCACCUAAAAAAUCAUCCAUGUACUUACUAAUUUAUUAAAAUCCUUACAC